AUGGCCCCCACCCUCCCAGGGGGUGAACCGUCUCUUUUCCUGGGGUGCAGACCCCCCUGCCAAUAUCCCCUCUGGGUCAGAGGAGCAUUUCAGGGCGGGGGGGGGGGGGGGGCUCGGUGUGGCCGAACCCCCAAAUCCAGCUCAGCCAGGAGGAAACCGGUUGUGCCACCACGAGCUGUGGCCUCUGCCGGCUGCAAAUGCGGCCAAACCAGUUUGGAUGAGCCACCAGUGCCGUCACCGGAGCCCUUCAUCUGUGGGGAGCCACAGGGGGAGAGAGGCUCCCCAGAGGUGAUGGCAACAAGGAUGGCCACCGUGAUGGCCACCGGGGAUGGCCUGGACCUGAGCGAGGAGUGGCAGGAUGAAGACUUCCCUGGGCCCCUGCCGGAGGAGUGCCUGGGGGCCGGGGGUGCCCUGCGGCGCAUGCGGAGGCGGCUGCCGGCGCUGGAGCGGACCGAGAGCACCGAUCGCUCGCCCGACGCCAGCAUCGACCUCGACCUGGAUGCGCUGGAGACACCCACAGGCAGCGACGGCUUCGAGUGGGAGGAGGAGCUGCCGCACGCCUGGGCCUUCGCCGAGGGGGCUGGCAGCCGGUGGGAGCCGGACACGGAGGACGAGCAGCCGGAGGAGAGCGUAGAUCUGAGCGUGGUGGAGCCCUACAGCCGAGUCCUCUCCCACGGGGGGUACGACAGUGAGGGCUUCGGCGCCAUCCUGCUCUUCGCCGCCUGCCACCUCCCGGAUAGCAGCAUCCCCCGGUACAGCUACGUGAUGGAGAACCUGCUCAGGUACAUCAUGGGCACCCUGGAGAGGACGGUGGCCGACCGCUACAUCCUGGUGUGCCUGAGCGGGGCGGCAGCACGGGGACAGAUCCCCUCCUUCAGCUGGAUGAAGCGGUGCUACCGAGCGAUGGAUCGGCGGCUCCGGAAGAGUCUCCAGGCUGUGAUCAUCGUCCACCCCACCUGGUACAUCAAGGCGCUUGUGACGCUUUUCCAGCCCUUUCUCAGCCCCACCUUCAGCGGCAAGGUCCGGUUUGCUGCCAGCCUGCGGGAGCUCUCCCAGCUUGUCCCCUUGGAGCCGGCACACAUCCCCGAGCCCGUCCGGCGGUUAGAGCCGGGUUGGGAUGGCAGCCGGGCUGCGACGCGGUGAUGGGGACGCGCAGGGACGCACAGCGGUGGGAUGGGGGGCUCUUGGCAGACCCGACGCCGUCCCUGAGCACCCACGGGUGAAUAAAGGACAUGGAUGGGU